CAUGACUGUAAAUCUCCAACAGUACAUAGACACAAAACAUAACUUUUCAAAGACCUAUUUAAACCACUUCUAUACUUAAUUUUCUCCUCUUCUUUUUCUCUUUUUUCUUUCUCUCUGUUUGAAAGAGAGAGAACAGGUGGUAUGGUGUGGUGUGGUGGUAGUAGUACUAGUAUUGAAUGAACAAACCUUCUCUUUUCUUUUUUUCUUUCUUCCUGCAAAACCAAAACAUACAACAACACUUUUAUUAUAGACUAGUUUUUCUUACAAUCAAAUAAAACCCUUCUUCUUUUCUUGUUGCUGAAUCAAAUAAAGAGAGAAACCCACCGCCUCCCCUUUUGUAAGUUAUGUCAGGUUUAUACUCGCAUAAUUUUUCACCAGCGAGGGCUGUUUCUCCGCAGAUAAGAAAUACACCGGAUAUUGAUAGUCAGUACUUGACUGAACUAUUAGCAGAGCAUCAAAAGCUUGGUCCUUUCAUGCAAGUUCUACCUAUUUGCAGUCGACUAUUAAAUCAAGAGAUUAUACGGGUCUCGGGGAACCAAGGUUUUAAUGAGUUCGACAGAAUGCAGCAUGGAAGCCCCAGCCCCAGCCCCAGCCCCAUGGCUUCUUCAAACCAUAUGUCAAAUGUCGGCGGAACAGGUUUAGGUGGUUGGAAUUCUCUCCAGCAAGAGAGAUUAGGUGGACCGCAGGGGAUGACGAUGGAUUGGCAAGGGGCGCCGGCUAGCCCGAGUUCAUACAUUGUGAAGAAGAUUUUGCGCUUGGAGAUUCCAGUAGAUAGUUAUCCAAAUUUCAAUUUUGUUGGGCGACUUCUGGGUCCCAGAGGAAAUUCACUAAAACGGGUGGAAGCUUCAACUGGGUGCCGUGUGUACAUUAGAGGAAAAGGUUCGAUUAAAGAUCCAGGGAAAGAGGAUAAGCUUCGUGGGAGACCAGGCUAUGAGCACCUCAAUGAUCCACUGCACAUCUUGGUCGAAGCCGAAUUACCCGUUAACAUUAUUGACACAAGACUGAGACAAGCGCAGGAAAUUAUCGAGGAGUUACUCAAACCAGUGGAUGAGUCUCAGGAUCUCUACAAGAGGCAACAACUACGAGAACUGGCUCUUUUAAAUUCUAACUUUAGAGAAGAAAGCCCUCGACCCCCAAGUGGAAGUGUUUCUCCUUUUGGUUCUAGUGGAAUGAAACGUGCAAAGACAGGGCGGUAACAACCUGUCUCUGAAUUGGUUCCUCAAGAUAUAUUUGUUGUGCCCAUAUAUACCUCAUCAUGUGUGUUGCCUCAGUGUGUAUACAAGGAAAUGGGCACUGCGGAAGAACAGAAAAGGUUAUUGGCUGGUGUGGUUGGCCCUUCUAGUUGGGAAUAUUUAUCAAUGGCAAAGAAAUUAGGCGAAGAAAGAAGGCAACAUCUGAUAAACUACUUGUCAGUCGGCCGUAUGCUUGGAUUUUCGUAACACUGGUUAUGUCUUUAUUUGUUGUAACUUAGAACAUUUAUUGAAUUUAUUUUUAUGAUUUCACUUUUUCUUUGAGUGCGUGGAAGUUGUAUCAACAGUGGGAUGGUCGGGAUUGGUGCAAGAAUUGACGUCGUUUGGUAUAUGUUCAUUAACUUUGCUGAGUGUUUUAGUAACUUAUUCUUUUUAGUAGUUCUUUCACUGAACAAACCAGAGAACUCAAGAAUGAAGUACACUUGUUGAAUAUUUGUUAGAAGAAAUCUUUUGUAUUUUGUGUU